AUGGAUGAGAAGAAAAAACUAGAUGGAUAUUCAGGUUUAACAACUAAUGGACUACUAUCAGAGAGUUCAUUGGAUAUAAUAUCGUCUGGAUAUACAUUUGGAUACGAGGGUGAUACUGAAUUAAUAAAUAAAAAAAGAAAUAUAUAUAAGAAUGUCAUAGUCCCUAAAUCACAAAAAAAAAUAAUAAAAGAAAUUGUAUUAAAGGAAGAAGAAAGGAAUAAAUUAUCUAUGAAAAAACAAUAUUCUACACUCAAUAGAAUAGAUUCAUUUUUUGAAAAAAAUAUAUUCAAUAAAUUAUAUUCUAUAGAUAAAAUUAUGUAUAACAUGGAAAUUAAUGAAGAAAAUGCACGAAAAAUGGUAAAUAAAAAGGUAGGAUUAUAAAUUGUUCCAACAUUUUCAAUAUUUUUGGCAGGAUUCGUAGUUUUAACAAUAAAUACCAUGUAUAAAGUAGUACGAAAAUAUUUAGUAGAAUCAUUGUCUGAGUUACCAAAAGAAAUAUUAUACUUUUUUUCAGGAUUUUUAAUAUUAUUCAGUGCGUUAAUAAUAUUGGGUAUUAUUUAUACUUUGAUAAAACGUGAAAGAUAUAAAAGAAUAAAGGUAAAUAAUCCUAAAAUAUGUUAUAGUAUUGUUAAUUCCUUUGACAAUAGAAAUAUUUAA